UCCCCGGUUAACGGGGGCGCCGCGCCGCCGUUCCUCUGCGCGGGGGCUCCCCGGGGUCCCGGGGCGGAGCCGUUCCGGUGCCGGGGGAGGUCCCGGCCCGGGGGGAGGCGCCGAGCCGGGCGCGGGGGCGGCACCGGCGGCGGCACCGGGAGGUUCUCCCCCGGCUCCUUCCGACCGCGGGGCCAUGCGGAGCCCGGCACCGGGAGGAGCCGCUGCCGGUACCGCGGAUCGCUGAGGAGCGACCCCGGCACCGGCACCGGCACGGGGGGGCUCCGGGACCCGCUCCGGCACCGUCCCCGUUAGCGGGCGGCCGCGGCACCGGCGGCGUCCCGCGCGGCCGGUUCCCCGGUGCCGGCGGGGAUGGAGCCGGUGCCGGUGCCCCGGGAGGGCCCGGCGCUGCCGGUGCCGGUGCCCCGGGAGGGCCCGCGCCCCCCGCAGCACCUCUGGCGCCAGCCCCGCACCCCGAUCCGCAUCCGCCACCGCGGCUUCUCCGACACCGAGCGGCACCGGGCGCGGCCCAUGGAGCGGGCGGACGCCGUGGACACCGGGGGCACCGGGGGCACCGGGGGCCGGCCCGGGCUGCGCAGCGCCCGCCUGUCCUGGCCCUGCUCCCUCCGCGGCACCGGCGGGCGGUAGGUGACGGCGGCGGGACCCCCGGGACCCCCAGCGCCACCCCGGUACCGGGGCUGGGAGCUGAGCCGGUGCCGGUACCGGGGCUGGGAGCUCAGGCGGUAC